GCCGCGAGCGUGCUUGAAACCGAAAAAAUUAAUAAAAUUGCAAAAUGAGCUGCGGCACAAAGACGCUGAAGGUGUCCUCCUUCGUGUUGGACUUUCUGUGCUGUGUUCUGGCGGCACUGACCAUCUCCGCCUGCUCUUACGCCCUGAUCGCCUUCAGCCACAGCCUGGCCAUCAGAGUGCCCUGCAUAUUGGGCAUUGUCCUGGGCGUCCUGCUCUUCGGCAGCACCAUCUUCGGCUGCGUUGCCACUCUGAGGGAGAGCAUCCGCAUGACCUGGAUUUAUGCCGCGAUCAUGCUGGCCCUAAUCUUCGGACAGAUCACCGUGAUCUUCGCCGGACCCAUCAACUUUGAGCUGCUGGCCAACGAAACGAUCUAUGAUGCCUGGCAGGGUCAGUUGUACCAUCAGAACAGUAUGUCCUACUAUGAGAUCAAGUAUCACUGCUGCGGACAGACGGGGCCCGCGAACUAUCCGGAUAGUGGGCUGCGCAUUCCCCAGAGCUGCUACUUUAACCAGAAUGCGACGGUGACUACGGAUCUCUACACCGCAGGAUGCAAUCAGAAACUGGGGGCGGCCUUUGUCAAGGGCACUCGGUGGGAGCGGAUCAGCGACUGGUCUGUUGUGGGAGUGGAGAUGCUCACCGUUACUGUGGCCGGUCUUCUGGCUAUAACCUUACAGAAUGCGGAGCGGAGACGUUUUUAUCGCUAGAGUUGAUUUGUGCUGACUUUGUGUGUUAACAGUAUUAGAGGCUGGACGAAUAUUUUGAUUAAAGAUGUUUCCAACUUUGUAAAUAACAGAACUAGGUAAUAAAAUUAAAUAAAUCAAUUGAACUCUUGA